AUGGACCAAUCUGGAACUUCGGCAUCUGACGCCAAGUUUCUGCAGUAUCAUGAACCCGGGAGUAAGUAGAUGUCCCCAGGUGUAUGCAUAGAAUGGAAAAUGCUGACAACGACUUCACGAUAGUCGUGGAGAUUCUGAUCAUUGUCAGUUUCGUCGCCUUCCUCUGGGUUGCGGGUCAUGUCUCCAAGAAGGUCAUCCGCGCUGGCAUUAUCGGACCUAUCGCCGUCGGCAUCAUCUAUGGAGAGCCUCUGGCGAACCUCCUGGUUCGAGAUUGGCAGGAAACCUUCCUUUAUCUGGGCUAUAUCGGACUGAUCCUCCUCAUCUUCCAAGGUGGUCUCACCGCUCGAGUUGAUCUCCUCCGAGCCAACUUCACGCUCAGUGUCUGCGCAGCCGCUACGGGUAUCAUCUUGCCCAUCGCAUUCAGCUACGUGCUGCUGUAUCUCGGCUUUGGCCAUGGGGCCGUGGAAACGUUCGUCGUGGGAGCUGCUCUCUCCGCCACGAGCUUGGGCACCACCUUCGCAGUCAUCUCCGGCGCCUCGGAGGAAGUCGAUCUCAGCCAGACCAGAGUCGGCGCUGUGCUCGUCAGCGCGGCUGUCAUUGACGAUGUCACGGGCCUUGUCAUGUCAAGCGUGAUUCACGACUUGGGAGAUAUUCCGACUGGUGGUACGAGUCUCGGAUGGCUCAUUGGAAGGCCCAUUCUUGCGUCUGCGCUGAUGGCCAUCUUGACUCCAAUCCUGACCAAAUGGUUCUUUGCUCCGCUGUUCCGCAAGUUCAUCGAGCCCUACUUCCACAAACUGGGUCACGUGUCCAACAUUGCGUUGAUGAUUCUGGUCCUAUCGGCUUUCAUCUCCAUUGCUGCAUAUGCCGGCACUUCCGUUCUCUUUGGCGCUUUCUUGGCUGGCGCAUUCCUCACAUACCUGCCUUCGAAACAUGCAGAAGGCCCGUUUGUCGUUCUGGGCCGUGAGGAAGGCGAGAGAGAAAAGCACAAGAGUCCCACCUUUGUUCAUACCUUCGAAUACUACUGUCUGGACUUUCAGCAAUACCUUCUCGAGCCUCUGUUCUUCGCAAGUAUUGGGUUUGCCACUCCAUUCUUGAAACUGUGGAGUGGGAAGGCCAUCUGGCGUGGCAUUGUGUACACUCUCCUGAUGCUGGUGGCAAAGUUUGCCGUUGGCAUCUGGAUUCCCAUCUGGGCUCUCGCAAGUCUUGCCUCCACAAAGGACGACUCUUCUGCUUCUAGGGACGAGGAGUCCCUGGAUCAACCCGAAGUCGGCGAGGAGGAAUCUGCGAGAACUCGUGAGUUGGAAGCGAGUAUUUCACCCGGCUUGCUCUUGGGCAUGGCCAUGGUCGCCCGUGGUGAGAUUGGUCUUCUGAUUGUCGAGAUUGGUUACAACAACACCGACUACGUCUCGCAAGCUGGAUUCCUGACAGCCGUCUGGGCGAUCUUGCUUAACACAAUCCUCGGGCCAGUUGCGGUGGGUGUUCUUGUCAAACACAAGGCUAAUCUCAUCGCAAAGCCCAGACCGAACCAACCAUCCGGCUGA